UUUCACUUCCGUUCCGAAGCGGAGCGAGCAAGAAAGCGUCGCGAUUGUCAACAAACUAAUUUGGCUGAUGGAAGCAACACUCUGAGGCCGUCAUGUAUUAUUUCAAGGGCUAUGACUCGGAACCAGAACCCAGGGGUUAUGAACAAAGCCUCCGAGACAGAGCGAAUACAAGCCUUGAUGAACUGAGGAACAGUUUGAAUUCAGCACCAACUGGUUUUGUGAGCAGCGGUGACAGCAAACAGCAGCUGAGCAAAUCUGUUCAUCCGCGGGUCCUCACCUGGCAGGAUGGAGGAUCAGGCCCGCCCCAGAGGUCCAAUGCUGCCAGUCAGCUCCGACACCUGUUGUCCAAUCAAGUUCAAUCUCCUCCCAUAUCUUUGGGGCCACCAACUCAUACAGGACCAUUGCCUUCCCCAGAGGAAGCUGCUGCGUUGUUGAAAAAUCAUGCAGUGUAUACAAGCCAUCUAGAGGCAGAGUCGCGAUAUAUUAAGGAGGAAAUGGCUGUGCUGAGAAUGAAGCUCAGUGAAGUUCUUGAGGAAAACCGUUCUUUGCAUCAUGAACUGAAGACAACUGUUGUGCAUGAGAUUCUCAAGGAGGGAGGAGAAGUGCUGGGGUCCCUUGGCUCCCUGGGAGAAACUUUCUCAGAGUCCUAUCAGCAUGCUAUGGGAAAGCAUGACUUCAAAAGAUGGCAAGUAGAAUUGGAACGUUUAAGCAAGCUCCAUGCAGCGAAGACAGAAAGACUGGAAUCUCAGUUGGAACAAUCCAAACUGGUUGCUGAACAGUUAUCUCAGACAGUGGAAGACUUAAAGUCGCAGCUUCGCAUCCAGGACUCAACCCCCACUCAUGAGAACGGGAUGAUAAGCAGCGUUUUUCUGUCAGAGACGGAGAAACACAUUACACACAGAACCAUAGAGCAGCUCACAAAGGAACGUGACGAGCUAGCAGAGCAGGUGGUCAGCCUGAGGUCACAGUUGGCCGUGGUCUCGCAGCGAGAAGAGGAAGCUUAUCAACAGAUGAAACGUGGCAUAGAGCUGGUGGAACAGGCUCAGUUGGAACAGACGCAGGCUUUGGUAGAGAAAGAGCAGGUGUGUGAUGAUCUGGCACGCACAAGGCAGAGGUUUGAGGCUCAUGUCCGCGAGUCACAGAAUUUGAUCAGAGCAGAGCGAGAAGCAGCUCGUCAGGAGAACCAGGAGCUCAUCGACGACCUCAAUAAAAAGAUGCAAGAACUGGGUGAGCAUUACACGCGUGCACAAGCACGCUUCGAGAAGGAGGUUCGGGACAAAGCCAGCCUGAGCAAAGAACUGCAGGAACUCAAGUCGCAGCUACGCACCUGUGACAGGGAGGUCACUGUGACUGCAGAGAGCUACCGCACUGAGACAACCAAUGCUUCCUUACAACGCAACAACGCUCUGUACGAGUCCAGCCGCCUCCGUUCAGAGCUGGAGAACUUGAAACACGAGCACGAUCAGGAGAGCAGUAGGACAAAAAUAGAGCUGGAUGACUUACGGCAACGACUUAACAAAGCCGAGCGAGAGCUCGUCAACGCCAAAGAAGAAUGCAUCCACAUGACUGCCAAUGUUCAAGCACUGGAGAGAGAGCUCCAUCUGGCCAAGAUGGCUCGUGACACUGUGGAACGAAGUCGUGCAGAUGACCUGAAACUUUUGCGCCAGAGAGCUCAAGACAGAGAGGAACAAAUGAAGGCAAAGAUGGAGGAAGCUGAGGAUAGACACAGUCAGUCCACCCAUGAGAUGGACACUCUGCUGUUAAAGCAGAACAAACUAAUCAUGAGGCUACAGGAGGAGUGUAAAAAACAAGCCGUCCACUUAGAGAAGACAACCAAGAAGUACAGAGUUUCCAACAGCCGACUGAACCAGAGCAACACGGAACUGUCGAGUCGAAUGGAGAGGAUGACUCAGAGACUGGAAGAGCUGGAGGCAGAGUCAGACCAGCACACUCGUCUACAUGACAAGAUGAGGGAAAGACUUAGCACUCUCGACACUGGGGCUCAAAACCAGGCAGUGCAGAUGGCUGAAGCAUUAACCAAAUACAGUCAGGCGUGUCGUGACCGUCAGUUGUUGGCAAGGGAAGUGGAAUUCUUACGCACCCAGCUGCAUAGAGCCAAUCAAACAAGUCCAGAAGUGCUUCGUCUCAACUCUUCCGUCAAAACACUUGUAGAUGAUGUGCUGAAUGCCAUAACAAAAGCCGAGAGGGAUGGCACGGAAACUCUUAUCCCUCAACUUACGUUAGACUCAGAAGUCCCAGAGAAGAUAUCUCUAGAAGACCUGGGGUCUCAGUAGCUCAAUUAGUCAUAAAGCUGUUAGUGAAGUCGUGUAGAAUUUGGGGGGGGGGGGUAGAGAAUCAAGGCGGGAUUCGAUAGGGGAGAGGCGAUCUGUUAUUGCUUACAUUUUAUUACAUGUCCUGGGCAACUAUGUCAUUACACACCGGACAGGUCCAUAAGUGCUCAGUUCCUCCCAGCACCAAAGCCCGCAAGGUAUUCAUACUGGUUGUUCCAGUGGCUGUCUGAUUAUGGCGACGUCUUUCCUUUCCAGAUAAUCGUUCCUUUUUUCCUUUUCCCCUCUCUAUCCCAAUUUCCCGCAUCCUGAUGAUUGCAUGGUGUUCUGCUGUCUCCCUGUCUUCCUCAUCCCACAACUUUUCCUCCAGGGUCUUCAACACUUCUCCUUUGUCAAAUUUCACCUCACCAUCAACCACGGCACUGCCUGCCAGCCUAUCAGCCUCCUCAUUGGCCUUCACUCCAGAGUGCCAAGGACAGAAUAUCCACGUGAUUGCUCUAAGUGAUGAGUGUUGUAUUGGGUUCAUCCAUUCCCUCCGAAGCAGCCCUUUUUCAACCCUUCGCAGGAUGCUUUGGGAGUCUGUGACAAUAAUGAGAUGGGUAGUUCUUGGUCUUGUAUUUUGAAGCCUGCCAAGCGCUCUUGUUACGGCUUCAAACUCCAUUUUCAUGCUUGAAGUUGUUCUUUCUAUGAUCCCUGUCAUGCUAUGAACCUGUUUGGUUCCCACUGUGUACCCCAAACCCCACCUACUUCUCUCACCCCUCCUGACCGAUUCAUCCAUGUAGAUCAUUGGGUCCUCUGGCUUAGAGUGCUCUUCAAUUAACUGUCGAAUGUCAUUGUCGUUAAUGACAGCAGCACAUUUGAUGUGAACGUUGGCCAGGCUUCUGCAAUCGGGGCUCAGUUCAAACUAUUCCUUUCCAUUGCAUUUUUCAUCGAUACCACAAACUUUCCUCAAGGAGUCUUCAGCCUCUGCCAUCCGUGAGCUGCCCCGUUAUUUCUUGUAGAGCCUUAGUAAAGUCCUCAAACCUAGAUUCUCCACCUGACAUAAUUCAAAUCCAGAAGGAGAAAAAUCACAAACACGGCAAGUGCGAACAAUGAAAAUAAAUAUGAAGGCACGAAACGUAGCAUCAAUCUCCGCAGAGAAACUCCAAAUGUCUCCCUAGUGGGAAUGCACUGAGGCGAAGAGGAUGGAGCACUCCUACUGCUUAUGUAGGAGUACGCCAUAUAAAGUAGUCCUUGUGUGUGCUGGUAACACAAAUUAAGAGAAGUAAGCAAUAUGGCAGAAGACGGGUGAAAGAAAAUGGGGAGGUAAUUUUUUACAAUAAAUAUUUGAUUGACUCACCAUAACUUGGCGGGCUUGUAAACUGCCAUAAUCAAAUCAGUUGUCAUAUUAUUAUGAAAGUAAAUCCAUUUUGUUGCUCACAAA